UUUCCCCUCUUUCGUUGAGACAUAUAAAUAAGGACGAUAGGGAACGGUUACGCGAAAUGUCUCACCGUCUUCCUGAAUGAAGUAAAGUGCAAUGGCACUUUUCCCGUUGGCAUUAUCAUCUGAAGGAACACUCGUUGGAUGAACGUUAAGAAGCCAACCAAUACGAGGAGGUCCAGCCUCAAUAUUGUCAAAGCCCAUUUUUGUGUCAAUUUCAUUUUUUGACUGAAUUUCAUUCCAUAUAUUUUCCAAGACGACUUCCUCAUUUGCUUUUGCCGUAACUGCACUGUUCCAAUUUCUCGAUUGGGAUCCAGCAGGUCGAAAAGACCGCUGUUUACCAGAGAAAUUAGGAGCCAUCACCUUUUCCCCAAACUAUUCAAUUAUUGAGGUAAGAAAUGGUGGAGGGAAUAAUUAGUAAAGCUCUCACUCCAAAAUCCAAAUCCAACUCUUUGCAUGUAGAAAAAACGUUAUAACUAACGAAUUGUGAUCAGUAACUGCUAAAGUGCUUCGUUUUUGUGGGUUUACUUUUCAGUGUACAUAUAUUUAACACAUUCGUAUACACUGUGUGUUGAAUUUUAAACGUACAUUACACCAAAGGAAGAAGUAAUAAUACAGACGCUAAAAUCUAUUCUAUCCGAAUUGUGUUCUUUUGUUUUAAAGGAACCUCUCGCAAACAUGGAUUCUAAGGAUCAGCAAAGUUCUGUUUUUAGCGCUUUGUGGAAAACUCUAACAUCUGUAUCUCGUAAUGACUUUAAACAUCUUGUACGAGAACCGUGUUUCAAGCAAUCUCAAAUUGUUGGAGCAACAACUGGCCUCGGAGUUGGAGGAAUUCAGUUGAUGUUAAAAGCAAGAAAAUCGGUGGCCUUGAACUGGGCCUUUUUUACAUACGUUGGAAUGUGUAUAGCUUCCUGGGAGGGUUGCAAUUACCGACAACGACAAGCACUAAAGAAAUUGGAUAUUGAAUUAACCCAGAUUGAAGGGAAACUUACAAAGCGCAGACAGGCCAGAGACUUUUAUGAAAAGUGAUUAUGACUCUUAUUAUGACUUAAGUUAAUUACAUGACAAUGAAUGUUUAAUGAUGAUAAAUUGGGUGUCACAGAUAUGAAUGUGAAUUGUGCA